UAUUCUGAAACUCGCGCGUUAUGCUCUGGCUGCCGGUUCCGCUCGCUCCAGAAGACCGCGAGCCUCUCGGAUCGUAGCUAAUUAGACGAUAUCUAAUCGAUGAAGAUCUACUUAUUGGUGAUAUCGAUUUGAUUGAUUGUGCCACCCAUUAUUCUAACUGAUUUCGGGACUGUCACUCUUGUUGUAUAUUGUUCUUCAGUUUUUAACAGUUUGUUAGUGUUGAUUACUUCUUGUGUACUGUUUCUUACUUAGUGAUGUUGUGGUAUUGAAGAUGUAUAUUGUGUUGAAAUGAGUGUUUACAUGGGUGUUUUGAAUGUUAUUUUUGUCACACUACUGGUUGUGCCUGGUGGUCUGUCAACCUUGAAAGCAAUUGACGAUGGAGCAUCGCCUAACGAGUUAGAUAAACCAAUUCCAAUGGACUCCGUUCAAGGAGUUCUACGUCAGAAAAUAGGUUUGCCGUGUAAUCUAACUCCAAGAGACAGAGAUGAUGGGGUGUCCAUGGUUCUAUGGUUUAAAGAAAUCAUAAGUGAACCUUUGUACAGUUAUGACUUGAGAGGUCGACAAGCCAACAAUGCGAAGCUGUGGUCUAGCCCUAAUGCCUUUGGUCCACGAGCCUUCUUCCAGGCAACAACUACUCCAGCAUUUCUCUUCAUUGACCACAUAGAGAUAUCAGAUGAAGGGAUUUAUAGAUGUCGGGUCGACUUCAAAAACUCGCCUACUAGAAACAGUAGAGUUAAUUUCACAGUUAUCAUUCCUCCAUCCAAAAUUCACAUAUACGACGACAGAAGGAUAGAAAAAACAAUUCUGUUGGGGCCAUAUAAUGAGGGAUCAGAUCUCAAUUUGAUAUGUGAAGUUAAAGGAGGUCGACCAAGGCCAAGGGUGAAUUGGUUCCUAGAAAAUUCCCUUUUGGAUGACACGUUCGAAGUCCGAUCAGAUGGAAUCACCGUCAACUACUUGACAUUCCUUCACAUCGAACGGAGGCAUCUGCAUGCUCGAUUUAUAUGUCAAGCAAGCAACAAUAAUUUAGUAGCUCCCGAAACAAGAGUGGCUGUGUUAGAUAUAAAUUUGAAACCCCAGAGUGUCAGCAUUUUAACGAAGGAACGCCAAGUAUCUGCUGAUAAAAGAUAUGAAGUGGAAUGUCGAACGUAUGGAUCUCGUCCUGAUGCUGUUAUCACAUGGUGGCGAGGUAGCAGACCUGUCAAGAAACUUGCCAAGAUUGUAACUUCACAGAAUAACCAAACAGUUAGUACCCUGACGUUUGUGCCUGUGAUAGAAGAUGAUGGUAAAUACUUAACAUGUAGAGCUGAGAAUCCUUCAAUUCCAGAUAGUGCCCUGGAAGAUAAGUGGCGACUUAAUGUUCAUUAUGUUCCGGUCGUGAAUCUGAAAAUGGGAUCGACGCUGAAUCCAGGAGAUAUCAAAGAGGGCGACGACGUCUACUUUGAGUGUAACAUAAGAGCAAAUCCCAAAGUCUACAAACUUUCCUGGUUCCACAACGACGUGGAAAUUUUCCAGAAUGUGAGUGGAGGAACAAUAAUGAGUGAUCACAGUCUAGUGCUUCAAAGUGUGACGCGCGCUUCUGUAGGUGAAUACAGAUGUGUUGCCACCAACGCCGAAGGCAAAGGAUCAAGUAAUCCUAUCAAGCUGGUAGUCAGAUAUGCGCCGGUGUGCGUGCAGGAUCGCGAAGAGCUUUACGGCGCCCUGAAGCAGGAGACCGUGACGCUGCGGUGCCAGGUCGACGCCAAUCCGGCCAUUGUGACCUUCCAGUGGACUUUCAAUAAUUCGGGCGACCAGACGGACGUACCGGCCAAUAAGUUCACCAACGAGGUCACUAGCUCCAGGCUGAAUUACACACCUGUCUCUGACCUGGACUACGGCACGCUACUGUGCUAUGGAAUCAACGAAGUGGGCAGGCAAAAGACCCCCUGUGUCUUUCAGGUUGUCAUUGCCGGACGCCCAUCUCAACUGCAGAAUUGCACAAUAUCCAAUCAAACUUUCGAGUCGCUCCAAGUGUUCUGUGUUGAGGGAUUCGACGGGGGACUACCCCAAAGCUACUUGAUGGAAGUAUUCGAACUGCCGUCUCUGAGGCCGAGAGUCAAUCUCACCACUUACAGAACUCCCCCCACAUUUGCUGUCGACGGUCUCGACCCAGGCAUCAACUACAAAAUUGUUUUGUACGCUGUCAACGCCAAAGGUCGAAGUGAGCCUACUGUGAUUGAGUCUGUCACCUUCAAAGGAGUCGCGAAACUACAGGGUUCAACGUCCAUGAUGCCAGUGAGUCCCUUACUGAUGGGUCUUCUAGGUACUGUCAGUGUUCUAGCAACAGGGGUCUGCCUCGUCCUCGCCGCCCUCUGCAAACGGCACUACGUCCGACCCGGACAUAAACACCACCACAAACAUCACGGUCACCACAGUGGUGCGAUUUCGGAGUCUAAACACGCACCUUUGGAAUCCAUGGUCGGGUCGGAGAGCGUAAUCGUAGAUGGCCAUUACACAGGCCUGUUAACUGCAGAACCGACAGGCAACGAGGAGCUCGGGGGUAAAAACGGAUCCGUACUGGAGGACACGGAUCCGGAUAUCAUAAAGAAUCAAUUCGAAAGACGUUCCUUCAACAACUUAACUAAGUUUUACAAACCUACAGAGCUGAGACUAGAAAAAGCCAAUGAAUAUAGUUAUAAUACGUUGAAUCCUUUGAGGAGUCCGCAGGCAGGAAAUUCAACGAUGUACCAUACUCUUCAAUGCUCAAGAAGUUCGGCAACUGCGCCGUUGGCGAGCACAAAAACGUUUCAUCAUAAAUACAAAGGACCUGAAGUUGUUACUUCUUCCAAUAGAAUACAAGAAAGUUGCAUUUAAGUGUCAUUGUUUUUACCGAGUAAUAUUAUUGUAAUUAUUAAAUUAAAUCCAUCCAGGCGUUUCAUAACA